CGUGGUUCAUGUGGCGUGCAUUUCGAUUGUGGAACAAGGCGCGGAGGAAAAAUCGAAUUUCCAUGCCGGCAGUCGAGGCUGAGGCGGCGCGGCGCACACAUCGCGCACACAGCGCCCGCGCGCGCCUUCUCCCGCGAAACUUCGCUUCACGUAAUUCAAAACUUCUACGCGCCAUCCGAACAGACUAGUGUUAGUGUACGCGUUUCCGUGUCUAUGGUACGGUGGGCUAAUUAACGGAUUAUGGGCCGGGCAAGGGUCGGCCCGGGCGCGGGUCAACUCGCCGUCCUAACGUACGAAAUUCGUAUUCUUCAUUACAAGGUGCCUUCAAGAGUUCGGGUGCUAAAUAUGUUCUUCGGACAAGUGUUAUUCAGUGAAGUGAUCAAAGUGGGCUGGCCAUGAAACAGCGAUACCUAGAGAAACUUAGCGUUCGAUGGAAGGUCUCGAAGAACCAAAGACUGCGACUUGAUGUAAGGAACGAAACAUGACUCGAAAUGAAUACAAAAAAAAAAACAAUUGAAGAUAACAUUUUCUAAACGCCAAAUUGCGCUCGCUUCCAUUUAAGUAAUUUUUCUCACUAAACAUAUCUUAGGGUAAGAUUACACAACCAAGUGAAUUUAUAAAAGAGAUCAAUUAGCUUCUAUUUAGAUAAUUUCUUGCCUUUAUCGUGCCUAUCUCUAUUCUUAUUCUAAAGUGAUUUAAAACGAAAGUAAUAAAUUCUGUGAUCGAACUAAUAUAGAUUCAUAUCAGUGUUUUUUUUCUUGUAAAUAUUUAAAUAAUAUUUUUCAAAAAUUACUAGUUAGGAAACAAAGUGCUCUGGAUAGGUUUUAAAAGACUUAGCGGUACAUAAUAAGGAAGUAAAGUUCUGUGCGGAAACGUGCCUCGUGCCAGUGAGUCGGCUUGAGGCUGAACUUUCUGCCGACGUUCCCCCAAGGCCACAAACCUGGCAAGUAUGCAGGCAGCUCUUAUGCUAAGAGCUAAAUCUCGGGAGAGGAGAAAACAACGCUUGAAAAGAGGCAUCAAACAGGAGCUGCCGAGUAAUGUCGCCACGAAGACGAUCGCGCCGUUCCCGCGAUAUCCUCCUGCUUCAUGGUGUGCAGCUGGGCGCGCGGCGUGGCAAGAGGCGGCGGCGCUAUCGGUGGGGGGAGGCGGCGCGGGCGCAGGAGGCGCGGCACGGCGCUGCUCUGUCCUGGGCGACCACCCCGGCGCCCGCCGCGACCCACGUGGGAAAUGGCAUCGAAACAAUCGCGUCCGAGACGCAUCAUAUGGGUCAUCAUCAGACUCCGACGGCGAGUUGGAGGGCAUCAGCGGCGAGCCCUGGGGUGUCGCGAGACUACUGUAUGCUGGUCUGGCUACUCUGGCCGUCGGUCUCGUUGUUUACUUCGUUGGCACCGGAGACAAGGGUUUCAAAACGCCGGCCCUACGGCUGGUGGGGCCUUCGCUCAUUGUGGCGGGUCUUGCGUGUUGUCUCCUUCGUAUCGCCUUUUGUAUAUUCGCCAAGCCCUGCUGUCGUCGACGGACCAACUACAAGGAGAGCAGAAGACUGUCUGGCUGUGUCGAGGGAGAAGAGAUGCCUUUGGCGGGGAGCGGGUCCCGGGGAGUUGGGCCCGCGCAGUGCUCGCCCGCGCGACGCCUCGACGCCUCCUCCUGCGACGUGUCCAGCCUCUCCAGCGGGGAGGAGGACGAGCGCAUGCGACGGUAUCGCACCGCAUCGCUGCAUCCUCCUAUUUUACACCAGGUCAUGGCGCAUCAAAAUGGCGGACAAAGCGGCCAUCGGUUGUCACCACAAGGCACGUUGCGACACAGUCCGUCCCCGCAGAGCGCGGCUCGGCACACGCCGUCACCGCACAGCACUAUGCACCACAGUCCGCCGACGCAGGCCGCCGCCUUGCCCGGUGCAGCGGUGCAACAAAGUGCAAUACCCAGCGCAGUGCCGCUAAGCGCUACGUUACCAAGCGCAAUGGCGUCGAGCGCGAACAAUGCCAACGCUGGUCGCCGACCGCCCCCUCGCAACGUCUCGUUCGCCGGCGGAUCCGACGGCGAACUAGUCCUUAGUCCCGCCCAACUACGGUCCUAACCUUAAAAACAAUGCGUGACUCGCGUUACCUUACCUUCCAAUCGGUCAUGUGAUUCAAUGAAACUCUGUUAUCAUGUGUGAAACGUUUCCGCAAAACACUCUACGGAUUUGUAAUUUAUUUGCACGUCUCAUAAUAGUCUUACUGGAAUCUAUGGUAAAAUAACUAACAUAGUGUCAUAAAUUAGUGUUUCAAACAAUGAAUAAAAAAAAUCUUGAUUUACUUUUAUGAUUUUUUACAAAUUCUCUAAGUAUUACGUCACAAAAAAUGUUACAAAGGAGUGUUUACAUUUUCUACUAUUACUUACGUUGCUUCUAAUCUGUGGACGCCUUUAACUAUUUUACAGUAGAUUUCGUGUCAUAAUAUAUCUAACUCUAAGAUUUAAUCUUAAUUCUGUAGCGAUUUAAUACUGAAUGUGCUAGAUUCACUGUCUAUAAGUCAACUAGUUACGAUCGACGGGGUGUGAAUUUGUAGAAAAAAAAACUACCAAUCUGACAAUUUUGAGGGACUGUGGUAUGAUGAUGAGUUACACCAGGUUAAGUUUUUUGCGUUUUUUUUAUUUUGUUCACAGUGCAGUGAUAAAGAAACAUAUAAUAUCUACAUACACAGAUUAAAACCAUUAUGUUCUUAAAUAAAAUUGUUAAUCUAAUGAUUGUUAGUACAUACAGCAGACGUAGGUAUAUUGCAGGAAAAAAACAAAAGCAAGCAAAUUCACAUCACGGCCGUGUUCGAAUCUAAAUCUUUAAUAAAUUAUUAACUAAAUUGUGUUAAAUUGCCUACUAUUAGACGCGAAUUUAUAUUUAAAUACUUAAAAACAUAAAAUAGAUUUAUAACUGACAAUAAUGAUUGUUAACUGAUGUAUAAAAUGUUAUGGCGUGUGUGCGUUAAUUUUAUUUAGUUACGUCCAACAAUAUGGAUGUAGUUCAAGCGUCAAGUUAGUAGAUUAAAAACUGAAACAAGAACUUGCAUAAAUAUGUUUUUGACAGAUAAGCUUCACAGUCGUUUCGUAAGGUUGUGGUUUAAAUUUUAUUACGAUUCAUCUAUCCAUCGAAUUAUGUAUAUCGUAAAAUAAUUUUACAUCACUAAACGGUUUAACUAUGUGGAUAUAAAUAGCCUGUAAAAUUACGAAUUAAAAUUAAAGAGGAUGUUUACGAAACUUGAAGAGUGAUGUUGUGUAAAGUUUUUUAUUUAUUUUAUCAUCGAAUAUUUUUUUCAGGUUUAAGCACACGCUUAUUACACAAUCAUAUUAAAUUGUGAAAAGUUAACAAAUUCUUUGGACACGACUUCUCGGGUGCUUCGAAAAAAAAAGAUUGAAGUUGCGCUAUUUGAUUGAGAGGAUUACUGAAGAAUAUUGUAAUAACUAAUAUAGGUCAAAAGUUCGAGUAGCCAAUGGUUAUAAGUACAAUAAAAAAAAAUAAACGCCAGAAAGAAAAUUAUGCGUUUAAAAGUAUCAUUUAAUUUUUAAUCAUCCUAUUAAAGAAAAAAAAAAUCCAAUUAAUAAUUAACCAAAAACACACUUGGAAUCUCCAUAGAGAUUAACUUACACCAACCACUUAAAAAUUCAAUUAAAACU